AUGAGAAGAAGGCGAGAUUCACAUAGAAGAAGGGGUAGAUUCACAGGAAAGAAGGGGGUAGAUUCACAGGAGAAAAAGGCGCAGAUUCACAGGAAGAGGGGUAGAUUCACAGGAGAAGAAGGCGCAGAUUCACAGGAGAAGAAGGCGCAGAUUCUCAGGAGAAGAAGGCGCAGAUUCACAGGAGAAGAAGGGGUAGAUUCUCAGGAGAAGAAGGCGCAGAUUCACAGGAGAAGAGGGGUAUUCUCAGGAGAAGAAGGCGCAGAUUUCACAGGAAAGAGGGGUGAUUCUCAGGAGAAGAAGGCGCAGAUUCACAGGAGAAGAAGGGGUAGAUUCUCAGGAGAGGAGGCGCAGAUUCACAGGAGAAGAAGGGUAGAUUCUCAGAGAAGAAGGCGAAGAAGGGGCAGAUUCCCAGGAGAAGAAGGGGUAGAUUCCCAGCUGAAGAAGGCGCAGAUUCUCAGGAGAAGAAGGGGAGAUUCCCAGGAGAAGAGGGCGCAGAUUCCCAGGAGAAGAGGGCGCAGAUUCCCAGGAGAAGAGGGCGCAGAUUCUCAGGAGAAGAAGGCGCAGAUUCUUAGGAGAAGAAGGAGCAGAUUUUCAGAGGAAGAAGAAGUAGAUUUUCAGUAUAAGAAGGAGCUAAUUUUCAGAAGAAGGAGUAGAUUUUCAGAAGAAGAAGGAGCAGAUUUUCAGGAGAAGAAGGAGCAGAUUUUCAGAAGAAGAAGGAGCAGAUUUUCAGGAGAAGAAGGAGCAGAUUUUCAGAAGAAGAAGGAGCAGAUUUUCAGGAGAAGAAAGGAGCAGAUUCCACAGGAAAGAAUAGAACUUAGGAGAAGGAAGAGAUUUUCAGAAGAGAGAGAAGAAGGCGCAGCAGAUUUCACACAGGAGAAGAAAGGCGCAGAUUCAGGGAAGAAAAGUGGGAGAUUCAGGAGAAGAAGGCCGCAGAUUCACAAUGAGAAGAAAAGGGGCAGAUUCUCCCAGGAGAGAAGGCGCAGAUUCACAGGAGAAGAAGGGGUAGAUUCUCAGGAGAAGAAGGCGCAGAUUCACAGGAGAAGAAGGGGUAGAUUCUCAGGAGAAGAAGGCGCAGAUUCACAGGAGAAGAAGGGAAAGAAAUUAAGCAGGAUUCCCAGGAAGGAAGAAGCAGAUUUAAUAGAAGGAGCAGAUUCCCAGGAAGAAGAAGGAGAGAUUUUCCCGGUGAAAGAAGGAGCAGAUUCUCAAGGAAGAAGGGGCAGAUUUUCCCAGGAGAAGAAGGGAGCAGAUUUUCAGAAAGAAGAAGGGGAUUCGAUUUACAGCUCGGAAGAAGAAGCAGAUUCUUAUAGAAGAAGAGCAGAUUCCAGGAGAAGAGGGCGCAGAUUCUCAGGAGAAGAAGGAGAGAUUUUCCAGAAUGAAAAGGGAGCAGAUUUUCAGGAGAAGAAGGCGCAGAUUUUUCAGGAAAAGAAGGAGCAGAUUUUCAGGAAGAAGGAAGCAGAUUUUAGAGAAGAAGGAGCAGAUUUCAGUGAGAAGAGGAGAAGUUUCAGGAAGAAGAAGGAGCAGAAUUUUCAGGAGAAGAAGGAGCAGAUUUUCCUUUUGGAGAGGAAGGAAGCAAGGGGUUUUUCAGAAGAAGAAUUUGAGCAAGAUUUUCAGGAGAAGAAGGGGCAGAUUCUCAGGAGAAGAAGGAGCAGAUUUUCAGAAGAAGAAGGAGCAGAUUCUCAGAAGAAGAAGGAGCAGAUUCUCAGGAGAAGAAGGGGCAGAUUCUCAGGAGAAGAAGGGGCAGAUUCUCAGGAGAAGAAAGGGCAGAUUCCCAGGAGAACGAAGGCAAGCAGUAUUUCCAAGAAGAAGAAGGAGCCAGAUUUUCACAGGAAGAAGGAGGGCAGAUUUUCCCAGGAAGAAGAAUGGGGAGCAAUUCUUCAGGGAGAAGCAAGGGGAAGAAGAAGGGGCAGAUUCUCAGGAGAAGAAAGGGCAGAUUCCCAGGAGAAGAAGGAACAGAUUCUCAAGAGAAGAAGGCGCAGAUUCUCAGGAGAGGGGGCAGAUUCCCAGGAGAAGAUGGGGCAGAAUCUUAGGAGAAGAAGGGGCAGAUUCCUAGGAGAAGAAGGGGCAGAUUCUCAGGAGAAAAAGGUGCAGAUUCUCAGGAGAAGAAGGGGCAGAUUCUCAGGAGAAGAAGGGGCAGAUUCCCAGGAGAAGAAGGCGCAGAUACUCAGGAGAAGAAGGGGCAGAUUCUCGGGAGAAGAAGGGGCAGAUACUCAGGAGAAGAAGGGGCAAAUUCUCAGGAGAAUAAGGCGCAGAUUCUCAAUAGAAGAAGGGGCAGAUUCCCAGGAGAAGAAGGCGCAGAUUCACAGGAGAAGAAUGAGCAGAUUCUCAGAAGAGGAAGGGCCAGAUUCUCAGGAGAAGAAGGGGCAGAUUCUCAUCAGAAGAAGGGGCAGAUUCGCAGGAGAAGAAGGCACAGAUUCACAGGAGAAGAAUGAGCAGAUUCUCAGAAGAGGAAGGGCCAGAUUCUCAGGAGAAGAAGGGUCAGAUUCUCAUCAGAAGAAGGGGCAGAUUUUCCCAUGGGAGAAGGGGGCAAGAUUCUCAUCGAGAAAGAAGGGGCAGAUUCCCAGGAGAAGAAGGCGCAGAUUCACAGGAGAAGAAUGA